UGAGAGGGGAGAGAGAGAGCCAAAGCGGUUAAGCAAAAUCUUGCACAAUCUGUUGCCUCUCCUUGCAGAAUAAAUGUUGAUCGUUGAUUAUAUGAACGGGUAAGAUUAAAGCAGAUAACAUGAAUUUGUAAUCAUGUCUGUAUACGUGACAUGCAAGAAAUGAAACUCUCCUUUUUUUUUUUAAUAUGAUAACGAUAUUUAAAACCUUUUUUUUCUUCUAAUUUUAUGCAAUUUAGUGUUUCUUUGUAUAAUUGUGUUUUUUUUCUGUGUGAAUUCCCUCAGAUUUAAUUUUGGGAAUGAUAAAGAAGAAGUGAAAUCACAUUUAUUAAUUAAUAAAUGUCAUGUAUUAAUAGACGCUUUUGUCUACUUCUCUAAACUGUCAUGAAAAAUUUUACCCAGGUGUUUCUAGCUAGACUUAUUAUUGUUCAGUCGAGUAUGAAAAUUUUGUUAUAUUUGACAAAAUAUUACGGCAAUAUUUUACCAAAAUAAUAAUAACGUUUGCACCAAAAGAAAAAGAAAGAAAGAAUAAUAACGUGUUAAUAUGUACAGUUUCUUGAGAUCUCUCUCUCUCUCUCUAAUUGGUGACUCUCUUUCUCUCUUUUGUUCAGCUCUUGAGGUGGUGGCUCAGCCGUGGAUACUUGCAUUAGGGGAGGUUGACCCGGCUCUCCUUGCUCGUGCCCUUGGAGUUAAGGUGCCCCACCGAAGACAGAGUCAACGUCUGCAGAACCGUUCGGCUCACGAGAGAGCCAAGUCUCGUAGAGCACGGAUGUCUCUCGAGAAAUACUUUCUGGAGGUGAUUGAGGCUGCGGCAGAAAUGGGGAAACAGGGAGGAGAUGGAGGCGGGGGCGACGGCGGAGAUGGAAGCGGGGACGACGGCGGAGAUGGAAGCGGGGACGACGGCGGAGAUGGAGGCGGGGACGAUGGCGUCCUCGGUUGAUCGAAUAUCGUUUGUUUUACCAAUCUCAUGGCGUCGUUUUUCUUAAGACUUUGGAAUACUAGCAUGCAUUCACUUGUUUUAAUAAUACGCCAUUAAUA